GGCUCGGCGGGGAAACGAGGAAGAGGAGGAGGAGGACGGCGGAGCGGCCGCUUGGCCCGGCAGGAGGAUGCGGCGGCGCGUCCCCUUCUCCCGGGGGUGAGGUGGGGCGCCCCCAGCAUGAGCGCGGGGCCCGAGUGUGAACCCCCCGGGAAAAGGGUUCGCUUGGGCCGCUUCUUUGCCGCCGCCGCCAGCAGCAGCAGCAGCAGCAGCAGCAGCAGCUCCGGGGGGAGGCCGGCGUCCUCCUCCGCGAAGGUGGUCCCGCCGCCCCCGCCGCCUCCCCUCCGCAGGGAGGAAGGGCCCGGACCCGGCGGCCCCGCAGCCACCGUGGGGAACAAAGUUUACAAACAGAAGAGGAUUACCUCUUGGAUGGAGAACAAAGGACCCAAAACUGUAGAAUCUGAAAGCAGGCAAAGCAAAAGAAGCAAUAUGGAAGCCGAGUCCAAAACGGCAUUUGUUAAAAAAGAUCGUGUUUUUGAGCAUGAUGCAAGAAAGGCUGAGGGUCUCUUCGAGCAGGGGUGUUCAAAGUUGUCUGUGGAAAUGAGCACUAAGCAGGUGGCCUUUCCUCCAGCUGAGGACAUGUGUAGGGAUAAUAAGCUUUCAGAAGCAGAGACUCUGAAACAAACCCAAACAGGUGAGCACUUGAAAAAUGCUAAUGUUCAUCAGCUAUACAAAACUGGUGUUCAGGCUCGUCGGGCUGGUAGCGAAGUUCGGGAAAACUGUACUGCUGGGAAGCUUUCCUCAGGCAGCCCUGUGAAGCCAGCGAAUCCAAAACAGGCUUCCAAAGACUGGGAUCCUGCAGGGGAAAUGACUCUGCAGAGUACACAGCCAUUUAAAAACUGCAGCUCUGAGGAUUCAAUAUGCAUAAACGUGGAGCCAGACGAGGUGGACGUGGUGCCCGAGAGCCCACUUUCAGAUGCAGGGUGUGUCACUCCUUCGUCCGAUCUUCGUGGCUUUCAGAACAGGGAUCAGAGAUGCUUGGGGGGGUCCCCCUCUUUUGAGAAAGAGAGUGAGCCCGAAUCACCAAUGGAUGUGGACAACUCCAGGAACAGUUGCCAGGUUUCAGAGGCUGAUGAAGAAAUCAGUCCCCUUCUUGAGGACCGUGAUGAUAUUGAUGUGUCAGAAGUACCAGACAAUUCCACACGGUUCCGAAGGACGGAUGCUGACCUGGAUUCCAGAAAGCUACAGUUUGCUUCUCGGAAAAGUGAAGGUGCUCGAUUUAGUCUCAGCACGGAAGGAGUUGAUAAUCCCCUGAAAGAUCCCGAAAUGCACACGGAGGCAUCUGGAACCUCACCUCUUCUGUCAUCAGAGUGCAGAAGUGCCAAGCACUGUGGCAGGAAGGACUCUAAAAUUACUGCCCACUUCACACGGGUUCAUAGAGCAGAUGAGAAAAGGAAUGAACAUCGACCAGGAAGGAAGUAUUGUAAAUAUGCCCCUCCCUCACUUCUAACUAAUAAAAAGUGGUUUGGGACACCAAUUGAAGAGAUGCGAAGAAUGCCAAUCUGUGGGCUUCAUCUUCCUCAUUUGAGACCAUCUGCCAACCAUACAGUUACAAUCAGAGUAGAUCUUCUGAAGGGAGGAGACAUACCUAAACCUUUCCCAACACAUUAUAAGGAUUUGUGGGACAAUAAACAUGUAAAAAUGCCUUGCUCAGAACAGAAUUUAUAUCCUGUAGAAGACGAGAAUGGAGACAGGACUGCUGGGAGCCGAUGGGAAUUAAUCCGGACUUCGCUGCUCAAGAAAUUCACGAGUUCCCGUGAUUUGAAGGAAGCUAUCCUCAGAUAUAACAUUACCUAUGCCAAGAAAUGGGACUUUGCAGCCCUUACUGAAUUCUGCGAUAAGGUACUUGAAGAUGCCGAGGCCCAGCAUCUGUUUCAGUCCAUUUUGCCUGACAUGGUGAAGCUUGCGCUGUCUCUGCCUAGCAUUUGCACCCAGCCAAUACCUCUUCUAAAACAAAAAAUGAACCACUCCAUCACAAUGUCACAGGAGCAGACUGCAAGUUUGCUAGCAAAUGCCUUCUUCUGCACUUUUCCCCGGCGCAAUGCCAAGAUGAAAUCAGAAUAUUCAAGCUAUCCAGAUAUUAACUUCAACAGACUGUUUGAAGGGCGCUCGCUGAAAAAGCCUGAGAAACUGAAAACCCUUUUCUGCUACUUCCGAAGAGUCACAGAAAAAAAACCCACUGGACUUGUGACAUUUACCAGACAGUGCCUGCAGGAAUUUCCAGAAUGGGAAAGAUCUCCGAAAAAAAUGCCCAGAUUGCAUGUCACCUAUGAAGGGACUAUUGAGAGCAAUGGGCAAGGGAUGCUACAGGUUGACUUCGCUAAUCGCUUUGUUGGAGGUGGUGUCACCGGCAUAGGACUUGUGCAGGAAGAAAUCCGCUUCUUAAUCAAUCCAGAAUUGAUUGUCUCUCGUCUCAUUACGGAAGUCCUGGAUCACAACGAGUGUCUGAUAAUCACAGGGACUGAGCAAUACAGCGAAUAUACGGGCUAUGCAGAAACUUACCAGUGGGCCAGAAGCCAUGAAGAUGACACAGCCAGGGAUGAAUGGCAGAGGCGUUGCACAGAAAUUGUGGCUAUAGAUGCAUUUCAUUUCACACGUUUCCUUGAUCAGUUCACGCCAGAGAAAAUUAGAAGAGAGCUGAACAAGGCUUACUGUGGUUUCUCUCGGCCUGGUGUCCCUCCACAUCAUCUUCCAGCGGUCGCAACAGGAAACUGGGGCUGUGGUGCUUUUGGAGGUGAUUCGAGACUGAAAGCCUUAAUACAAAUCCUAGCCGCUGCCGAGGCCGGGCGAGACGUGGUUUAUUUCACCUUUGGAGACGCUGAGUUGAUGAGAGACAUCUACAGCAUGCACACUUUUCUGACCGAGAGGGGCCAAGUGGUGGGAGACAUUUACAAACUGUUGCUUAGAUACUACAGUGAGGAAUGCAGGUGGUGUUCUACGUCAAGACCGGAAGUCAAGCUCUACUCUUUCAUCUACAGUGUAGUUGAAUCCUACAUAAAUGCUGCUGACGAUGAGAAAGGACUGUGUUUUGAUGAUUAGAACGAAGAUCUACAGAAUGGAUGUGUCUUUUCUUUUUCCUAUAAAAUAUCAGUUGAAUUGCUGGAUAUAAUAUACAGUCAUCUGAAGACCGAGACCAAUAUUUAAAAGAAAUAGGUUUUCUUUCUGAAGCAGAAAGUAAACUUGAUCAUAACAUACGGAGCAUAAUACAUUUCUUCUCCCUCCCCGAGAAAUCAGGGUUGACGAUUGACUUGCAUUCCUUAUAGGAUUGUCUGAAAAUAUAUUUAUACAUGCCUGCCUUUUUAUUUUUAUAAUUGUCUCAGUGUGCGCAUGCAUUUAUGUAUGGAUGCCCACUUGCAUAGAGACACAUUUCCCAUACAAGUAAAUGAUUUCCUUAUCAUACUCCGCAGCAGUAUAGUGGGGGAAAAAUGGAAAACAGGUGUUUUUUGUUUUUUUUUGCAUUACAUACACAAUCCAGGUAAUCCUGGUUUUUUGUUUUUUUUUAAGUUUUACUUUUUCAAACACCCUCUUUUUUCAAUAUUAGCAAGAGAUCUGAAAUAGGCAAGUAUAGCAGGGAAGCACUAAGAAGUAACUAGAGCUCUCCUCUGAAUGGAAAGAGGGUGGGGGACAAAAUGGGGGCAGAAGAUGGAAAAGGCAGUGGUGUGUUGGGCUGCAAAACAGCCAAGAUCAGAUUUAGAGAAGGUAAAGAGACUUUUUGAUACAUUCUUACAUUUUAAAAACUUAUAGCGAGGGCCAUAUAUUUAUGAAAUAAUUAAACUGGUUUUUUCUUUAAAAAAAAGUUUUAAUUGCACCAAGUUCUUUGGUGAAAUUUGUGAUACUGCUCAAUGGCAGAUAGAGAAAUAUACGUAUAUAUUAUUUAAUGUACAAUAAAAACCUAGACUGUUACACUUGGGGGGAGUUCAUGAUAUAAUAUAAAACCUCUGUACAGCAUGCACCGAGAACAGUUGGGAAGGUCAUCAAAAGUGAUCUUUGAUAAAACAUCGAUCGGGGCACCAGCUUCACUGAACGGAACUGAAGACGUGUGUUCUUUCAUAGCCUUCUUUUCAGUGAGCUCUGAGAAAAGUUCCUGCUGGGGGAAAAAGAAAGGAAAGGAAAAUGGCAAGAUACUUGCUGCUUACUGUGAAUUUGGCAAGAGAGGACAAUGGAAGUUAUUCACUGGGAGAUGUAGUACGAAGUGCAUUGUAACCAGUUUAGAACUGAUGGUGGUGGUGGUGGUGGUGAUGAGAGGCAAAGCCGCGUUAAGAAGACCGAUGAAUGGAGCCUGGCUGACCAUCUUUCCAACUUCAGAGUCAGAUGGCUUAGGGCUCCAGCUGCCUCUUACGGAAGACAACUGCUCGGGAGCAGGAGCCUGAGGAGACCAUUCUAGGGCAGGUCAGUGCUUUCUGUCACGUCUUCUGCAACUGCUUAGUUCUGCCCUCCCCGCCCGCCCGGUGUGGAAUAUGCGAGCCCCGGGGAGCUUCCCUUUCAGUCCUCUGCACAAUGAGAGAGGUGAAGGGCUAGUUGUCCAAUAAACGGCCAAGUGUGGCCACAGCCACUGCUUUUCUCUCUCAGCCAAUCUUGACGGUCACCCGAGACUCUGCGAUUACUUAUGAAAGGUUAACCUAUGUCACCCGUGCUUUCAACUUGCAGGUUGCGCAGUUUAUUCUUUUCUUUGACUGGAGCAGUGGGGAAUAUUAAUAUGUAUUCUUGAUGUCUUUUGGUAAUGAAAAAUAAUAAAAUUGAUGAACAUUUUUCUCCA